GUAAGCAUAUUCAUAAAUAUUAAACAAGUAAGGAUAUUUUAUGCUACCCACGUGAUAUGAUCUCGAUCUCAAACUAUCAUUCAAUGAGAGUAAAAUAAAUAGAUAACUAAUUUUCAGGUUACAAGGUACAUUAGAGGAUUGGGUGAUUGUUUUCAGUCCUCUUUCACGUGCCCCGACGAAGGACGCAUCUAUAUAGAAUGAGUGGACAGGGUCCGUUAGUGGAAAAGGGGAUGAAUACCAUACUGGUUUGUCAGGAAAGUUAUGCGUGCGGCGGCUCAGAUGAAGCUGCCUACGAGUGUGACGAGUGUGGGAGCUUGCAGUGCGUUCGCUGCGAGCUAGAACUGCAUCGUCAGGAACGCAUGAGGAACCACGAUCGAAUUCGAAUUGCACCCGGUCACGUGCCCUUCUGUGAUUCCUGCAAGGGGGAGAGCGGGAGUCCAGUUAACGGUGGUCGAAUGAGGGCAGUGGUUCGUUGCCAAGGCUGCAAAAUAAAUCUCUGUCUAGACUGUCAGAAACGAACGCACAGUGGGGUCAACAAAAGGAAACAUCCUCUAACUCAGUAUCCUCCCUCCAAACCCCCUGAAAAGAGCACGUGUGCUGGCGAUGCAGAGUUAGAGGCCAUGAAAGUUAAACUGGAAAAGAUUAGCAGUUUCCUCCUGGUGGAUGAGAAAGAGGAAAUGCAGGUAAAGGAUGAGGAUGACUUUGUAAAGAGACUUGGUUGCAGUCCUGAGGAGCUCCUGAAAGUGGUGUCCAUCUUUGGUAACACGGGGGAAGGUAAAUCCCACACACUCAAUCACACUUUCUUCCUUGGCCGGGAGGUCUUCAAGACAUCUCCUACCCAGGAGUCCUGUACCGUUGGGGUGUGGGCAGCACUGGAUCCUGUCCACAAUGUAGUAGUGGUGGAUACUGAGGGCCUUCUUGGUGCUGGAGCAAACCAGGGGCAGAGAACCCGUCUCCUGUUGAAGGUGUUGGCUGUUUCUGACCUGGUAAUCUACCGCACGCAUGCUGAUAGACUCCACGACGACCUGUUCAAGUUCCUGGGGGAUGCUUCAGAUGCUUACUUGAAGCACUUCACAAAGGAGCUGAAAGCCACCACUGCACGGUGUGGCUUAGAUGUACCUUUGUCCACACUCGGUCCAGCUGUGAUCAUCUUCCAUGAGACCGUCCACACCAAGUUGCUUGGCUCAGACAAACCAUCAGAGUCUGCUGAGCGACUUUUGCAAGAGCGCUUUCGCAAGCUGGGGCUCUUCCCUGAGGCCUUCAGCUCCAUUCAGUACAGAGGGACACGCACAUAUAACCCCCCCACUGAUUUCAGUGGCCUGCUUCGCAGUAUAGAGCAGCAGCUGGAAAACAACACCACACGCUCUCCACGCUCUGCCAAAGUCAUCUUUAAAGCCCUGCAGGCAUUGAGUGAACGUUUUAGUGGAGAAAUACCCGACGAGCACCUGGCCAGCAACUCCUUCUUUCCAGAUGAAUACUUUACCUGCUCAAGCAUCUGUCUCAGCUGUGGUGCCGGCUGCAAGAAUAGCAUGAACCACCUGCGAGAAGGCGUGGCUCAUGAGGCGAAGCACCGCUGCCGCUACUCUCCUCAGUAUGACAACCGCAUCUACACCUGCAAGGCUUGUUAUGAGAGUGGUAAGGAGGUGAUUGUGGUUCCCAAGACAACAGCAUCUUCUGACUCACCUUGGUUUGGUCUGGCCAUAUAUGCCUGGUCAGGGUAUGUGAUUGAAUGUCCAAACUGCUCUGUGAUUUACCGAAGCAGGAAAUACUGGUAUGGGAAUCAGGACCCUGUUGACACAGUGGUCCGAACUGAGAUCCAGCACAUCUGGCCAGGGUCAGAUGGAUUCCUUAAGGACAAUAACAACGCUGCCCAGAGACUUUUGGACGGGGUCAACUAUAUGGCCCAGUCUGUGUCAGAACUCAGUGUCAAGCCUGCUAAAGCUGUGACAUCCUGGCUUACAGAUCAGAUUGCCCCUCCAUACUGGAAGCCCAACUCUCUCAUCCUAAACUGCUAUAAGUGUGGAGAGGGGUUCAAGGACAAUGACACUAAACACCACUGCCGUGCUUGCGGGGAAGGCUUCUGUGACAGCUGCUCCUCCAAGACCAGGCCUGUCCCAGAAAGAGGCUGGGGACUGGCGCCUGUACGUGUCUGUGACACCUGUUUUCAAAACAGAGGCAUCCCAGAAGACCUCCUGGAUGCAGCUCUGGAGGAGGAGGAGAGGGGUGGGACGCUGAUAGCGAGAAAAGUGGGAGAAGCAGUACAGAACACUCUAGGAGCUGUGGCCACUGCCAUUGAUAUUCCUCUGGCUCUGGUCAAAGAUGCAGCUCGCCCAACCUACUGGGUACCUGACCAAGACAUUCGAUGCUGCCACCAAUGCCAGCGCGAGUUCAAUGCCCGUCUGUCUAUCCACCACUGCCGUGCCUGCGGGCAGGGCGUGUGUGACGAGUGUUCUCCGGACCGUCGUGCUGUGCCCUCCAAGGGCUGGGACCACCCUGUGCGAAUUUGUGUCAGCUGCAACCAGAAACCUGGAGACCUCUAGCAAGGGCUGGGCCAGUGCUGGAAAGCACAUUACACUAGCAGGGCAUCUCCAUGCCCUGCUCUUAGAUGGGAAUGCUUAAAUACCAGACUUGAGGGAUGGAGGCACCUUGGUUAUUAAGAACUGUCCAUCUUGUUGAGCAAGAGGAACAACUUUGCCUUUUACGACAAAAUUUAGCAUCUCUUCAUGUACAUGACAUCCCUAUUAGUGUUUCAGCCCUUACUUUAGGCUUCUCUGCCCAAUUCUACAUUCAGAAAGACAAACAUGACUACACAGAACUUUUGGCUGCCACUAAAUCUCACAUGGGAAACCUUUGACAAUCCACUGCUUCUCAAGGGGAUAAACAGCUGUAGAUUAACUUAGCUAGCACAGGAAGCACAAUGCCAAGAUACUUGCUGAGCAGGUGAACAAAGUUUUUUUUUUUUUAUAUACAUAAAACUAACAAACCCAUGAUAAAUUGUUAUAGUUUUAUGUCCUUCCGUUGCCCUGGUCACUACAGACAAUGCCACUGUCUCGUUUUUUUUGUUUGUUUGU